CGAGAGGGGCGGGAGGGCGACGGGGCGCCAUGGCGCAGCAGCGGGUGCUGCCGCAGAGCAAGGAGACCCUGCUGCAGUCCUACAACAAGCGCCUCAAGGAUGACAUCAAGUCCAUCAUGGACAACUUCACCGAAAUCAUCAAGACGGCCAAGAUUGAGGAUGAAACCCAAGUCUCUCGAGCAACCCAGGGUGAACAAGAUAACUAUGAGAUGCAUGUCAGAGCUGCAAACAUUGUCCGAGCUGGUGAGUCCCUGAUGAAACUUGUGUCUGACCUGAAGCAGUUCUUGAUCCUCAAUGAUUUCCCCUCUGUGAAUGAAGCUAUCAACCAGCGCAACCAGCAGCUGAGAAGCUUGCAGGAGGAAUGUGACAAGAAGUUGAUUGCGCUACGGGAUGAGAUCUCCAUUGACCUGUACGAGCUAGAAGAAGAAUAUUACUCUUCCAGCUGCCACAGCAGAGCAGAGCGUUGCUACCUCCCAGAGCUCGACACCAUCGCACCCUCACGUGAACGGGCACGGGGCAGGCCCCACGGAGCACUCCUGAAGAGGAUCCUCUCCUGCCGAACCUCUUUCUCCCAGCGGCACUGCGCUGCUGGAAGUCUUCCACCUGCUGUACUGAGCAAGCGUCUCCCACUGUCAGGAGAAAGCACUGGAGCUGUAUUUGUAGGUUUCUGCUCACUGGAUGGCCACAGUGCUUUCUCCACCCCCGGGACGUUGCCAUGAGUGUUACUCUCCCUUAAGAGAACGUGAUAAGUAAAUACAAAGUUGAUCUAACAAGUUAGAGUUAGGUUUGCUUUUACAUGAUUGUUACAUGUAGAGUUCAUUAGAAAUCCAGUUUGUUUCCAUGUGUAUCUCAGUAAGUACACGCUGGAGCGUUGGGAGUUGAAUUCCUUUGGGAUAAACUUGAGCCAAAUGUGGGGGCAGUGAGGGUGUUGGGGUUUUUACCCUGCUUCCCAAGGUUAUUGACAUUCUGGCUGCUUUGAAGCUCUCUCAGGAUGGCAUCUGACAACCUCCGUUCUACUUAAUUAGAGUAAGAAUCUUGUAGUAUUUGUUACACAGCAGUCUUCACUGUCAGAGUGCUUCACAAACUUGAACUUUUACUCGCAGUCGUUUGGGAGGAGGCUCUUAGGAGACCCUUAUGGAUGAGUGGUAUUUUCCUGUUUGAGGAGAAAAGGGCAAACUGAGGAAUCGGACUGAGGUAUUGGUGCCGCUUGCCGAAGGCUGCAGAGAGAAGCAGCGACACCUUUUAGUCUGGUUCCCUUUCCAGUGUUAACACAGCCUGUGCUAACGUGAAGCCAGCAUUGACGUUGGCUAAUAGUUUUGUCUAACAAUCUCGAGGUGACUGGGGUGUACGGAGCAGUGAGGGACACUCAGUUACUCUCAGUUCCCUUCCCGAGAAAUGUAUUUGGUGCUUUGUCUGCAGCUGGUGGCAGCUUGGUGCGGCUCCGGCCCUUCUCCUGCGCGGUGGGUCUGUGUGGCGGCUCCAGGGGUUCUGCCUCGCCCCAACCCGAGCAGGGAACAGGGUCCGGGCAGCUUGCUGUCGGCAUCGCGGGCAAGCCGAGCUCCCCCAGCCUCCUGCUGUAACGUCUCGCUUCUUCAGAUGUGAAUUUCGGUGUAAUUUUUUGUUUUAUUUUUCUUCCAUUCCAUUUAUUUUUUUGUAAUUAGGUGGUUUAAUAAAACUAACUCGUUUGUAUAAUU